UUUUAAAUCAUUUUAAUCUUAAUCUUUAAGUUUUAUACAUUCACGGCUGUUUCCUUUUGCACUAGAAGUUAAUGUGAGCCAUUAAUAAUAAAUAAUAGGAAAAUGGUUUUUACUAAUCCUAGCUUUAGUCGAUUUUCUUUACAUAAUUUCUACUUUUGAUAAUUUUGGAAUAAUCCCAACUUUAAGGUGAAUUUACUUUUAGGUUAAUAUUUUUUAAUAAAAUAUUAUGCCACAUUUCGAAUGUUAAUUGGUAAAAAUAUUAAAUACAAAAAAGAAAUUAAAAAAAAAAAGCUACCCACCACCACAACCCUUCCCUACUCCCUCUCUUGUCCCACCAAAAACCACCACUCUUCCCCCAAAACUACCCUCAACCCCACCCCCACCCCCUUGGCUGGUGGUUCGACCCCACCCUACCCUUGUCGACGAAUUCCCCACCCAUAAUUUUGUCGCCCAGUGAAUCUAAAACAAAUCCCACCACCCCUUAUUUUGAGCACAAUUUAGCGAAAAUCUAGAAAACCCACACCAACCCUCCUAAAAAACACUUAAAACCCCCCACCCCCGGUUUUAGCUUCGGGGUGAACUAAGGGUUUAGUUUUUGGGGUUGAGUUACGGGGUGGUUUGAGGGGCGGCAACUGGUUAAGGGUCGGAGGGGCGACAGGGGUGGGUUGGGGGAAUGGGAAAUGGCUAGGGAGGGGUGGCUGUCGGCGGUGGAGCUGGGGUGAGGGUGGUUUUAAUUUUUAAUUUUUUGAUUCUUUUGAUUUUCUUCAAGUUUUAUUUUGAUUCUUUUGAUUUUCUUCAAGUUGUAUAAACAUGGAGUGUUUUACUUCAUUGAAGUUGCCCUUCUUCCAUGUCAAUACAUCCACAUUUUGUUUUUAUCUUUUCAAUUUCAUUGAACUUAUUAUGCACCUGUAAAGUUUUUAUCUUAGGAAUUACUUGCAAAAUUGUGAAAACAAUUAUGCAUAGCAAUAGCUUGAAGAGCUCUCCUUACAUAUCCUAGCAUGUUGAAUAGAUACAAAUGAGAAUUUCACCAAUUUUAGGCAUAACCACAAAUAUAUUCUUUGUAAUACGAGCUUUUGUUAGUCUAAUGAGAGAAGAAUUUAAGAUCUUGUGACUUGCAUUGCUUUAUUGAUAUGUAAUAACUCCGUUCUGUAUUAAUUGCAUCAAUUGGGUUGGGCACAAAGAUUAAGAAAUCGAAAAAGGGUAGGCCCACCAUAUAGGUGGCCCAACCUUGUGGCCCAACUUUACUCUUGUGAUUAGAUGAAAAAAAGAAGAGAGAGAGUCAAAUAAACUAGGGCAAGGUCUAACUUUAGGUCUGAAAUGCUUCCCAUUAGAGGAUUGUUACUAUUAAUGUGAAUCUUCCAUAAAGGCAAUUGUUGUUAUAAAUAACGGAGGAAAUAUUAUGUGUAUUGACAUGUAAUUAUGUAUGAAAAAAAUAUUUCCAAUCCUCACCCUAUUUGCUUAUUGCUCUGAUAUUUUAUUGUCACAGAAAUACCUUCUUGAACAGCGGGCAGUAAUUAGUGUUGAUGGAGGGAAACUACUGAAUGAAGACAAUGAUCUCAGAUCUGUGCUUCAAUACUUACUAGAUGAUGUGAAUGAUUUUUUAUCAUCACAAUCUGUUCCAAGAAAAACUGUACUGGAUGAUAUUGUGGAAAACAAAGGUUGUAUUCAUGUACUUCAGGCUUUUGUGGACUAUAUAUCUGAAAGGGAGAAGGAAAAUUUUCGCUCAAGGAGACGAGAUAAUCUAGAUUCAGUCACAUUGACUACCAUUCAUCAGUCAAAAGGCUUGGAAUGGGACAUUGUGUUCAUAGUCAAGGCAAAUGAUUCGGAGAUUCCACUGUUACAUGAGCAUAAUGGUGUUGCUACGGAACAUGGAAAUUCUCUUGAGGAAGAACGGCGUCUAUUGUAUGUGGCUAUGACUCGUGCUCGAAAAAAGCUUUUUAUGUUAUAUGUGACAAUGGACUCAAACUGGCAGGUGCUUCAUCCUUCUCGUUUUUUUCAAGAGAUUCCAACGCAUCUACUGGAGGUUCAGGCAGACUUCAAUUUAUCUGUAAAUAAAGAACUAUCUGUCAAAAUCGAGUCUGAAGCUAUGGAGCCAUGCGAAGCUGUAAUAGGAAAUGAUUCUCCUAGCUGCAAGAUAGAUAAAGCAUCGGAAAAUUUAAGAAAUAUAGAAGCCUCAGAAGAUUUGAUAAACAUAGAAGCAUUAAGUGGAAACAGUUUCUUGAAAAAGUUCAAUGUUGAAGACCGAGCACUGGUUUCACGAAUAUUUCAUCAAUGGGCCAAGAAAAAGGCUUUUCAAGAUCCUAAGAGGCUACUUGACAAGGUGAACUUUGUUAUCAAUGAACGUUUGAAUAUCAAGAAAGGAAAUAACAAGGAUAUUUUGGUUGCAUUGAAGUCGUUCCUGAAAUAUGAGGAAGCAUUUCAAUUUGCUGACUAUGUUAUAAAGUGGGAGCAGAUACCAUCUGAGUAACGUGUGCAUUUGACAAGGGAAAGACAGGAACAUUUCCAAAAACAGCGGAUGGAGACUGCAAUGGGUUCAUCAUCCCCAACUUCUAAGCAGAUUGGUUAUCUGCGUAGCUUGGGCUGCACAAUCGUCCCUGAAUCAAAGCUGCAUGCUUCUCGGUUAAUAGAGCAAUACAGAACUCUUUAGGGACUAUGAAAAUUCACUCAUUUAUUUACAGGUAAAAGUCCUAAUCUUUGCAGCAUUUACGUUGAUUUUUUUUUUUUAAUUAAAUUGUUUUCUUUUAGUGCUAGGAAAUUUAGCAAGAAUUUUUUGUCAUCUUUGAUAAUAUAUUUUUUGUUGUGAAUUUGUAUGGAUAGCCAAUUCAUUCAUGCCUGUUUCUUGAAUGUAUCUUUUUGACUGGGAACUUUUCAGAAAAUAAAUUUUGAUGUUCGCUGAUAGGGCCAAAAUAUACUAGAGUAGUAUCCAAACUCUAAGUACUUUAGCAAAAUCCAUAAUUAAGUGAUAUUAACAUUAAGUACGAUUUAUCUAUCUCCUGGCAUCUGAUUAACUAUCACGUCGAGCUCAUAAAACGAGUUUCUUGCUACUGAGAUGUUGAACUUCCUGUAAUUUGAAGUCAUAGUAUCCUGCAUCAAGGUUACUUAUGACUAUGAGGCUAUAAUUCUGUUCAGAGCUUUCAAAUUCUCCUUUGUAGAACUUCUUAGUCUCUACUAUUGUGAGACAUUUAAUGACUAGUAAAACCUAGUUGGUAUUAAAAUAUGUGCAUUGGCUCCAAACAAAGUUCAAUUGUAUUGGGACUAUAAUUUUUUUAUAGUACCCAUGUCAGUGAAUCUAUGAUCUUAUGAAGCUUGAAUAUAUUUGGGGAUGUUUAUUUAUGUUAGUAACAAAGUACAUGUGUUUUCUUAAAAAUAAAAAAUGAAAAUAAAAAAAUUACAUGUGUUUCUGCUUGGAAUGAUUAUUACCAAUGAGGAAGUAUAAGCCGCUACAAAGUGGGCAAAAAAUCACUACCAAGUAAAGGUGAUCAUCCAUAGCUUGACCCGCUAGCUCAAUAUGACCCGGCUUGAAAAAAUUGUUGGUUUGGACAAGACUACAAAGAGUACACAUGCGUUUUUAAUUCGAAACCCGAGCCUAGCCCGAAAAAGGUCAAAAAGGCCAUUUUGACCUGAUAAACCCGAUGCUAUUUUGUUAGUUUAGACAUAAUUUUAUGCAUUUGCUACUAAGACUAAAUUGUAGAAAGUUUUUUGGCUACUGUAUCUCUAAUAGAAAUAAAAGAAAUUCGUUAGUAAAGCUUUCCUCUUUGUCUUUUUUAAAACUCAAGUUUUUAUAAUAUGUUGCUUCGUAGAUGACUUUUACGAAUAAAGGAAAAGACAGUCAUGAAAGACAUUUCGAAAAUUCAAGGCAAUGAUAUCAAUGAUCCAAAGGUCUUGUCAAUGCCUACAAGGAUGGUGAGUUUAACUGAGAGGCAAUCUGACAUGCUAACCCAAACUUUUCCAUUCCAACAAAAGUGCGGGUUUGAGCAAGCCUAAAAAGUCAACCCGUCCAUAAUAGCCCGCUUUGGCCUAACAAGCCUGACUCUUUUUUGCGAGUUUGGGUAUAAUGGCCUAGCAUGACCUGAAUUUUGAUCACUUUUAGUUCAACUGAGAUGAGAUGUGACAAGAAGAUCCACAUGAAAGUCAAAUCCUCAUGUGACUUAGAGAUGGUCAACCAAGAAGUGACCUUGAAAAUCGUUCCACUAAUUGUUGAGGAGGAGUAUAUGAUUUCAAAUCUAAUUGAUAAUUUCAAAGAAGAUGUGAAUGCUGAGAAUAGGCGCAAAGGCUACACAUCCACUUAGUGUAUGUAGCCCCCACAUACACCAGUGAUGUGUCACAAUUUCAUUGGUUGCACAUUUGACUCCCAAAAAUACCCUAAUAUGAAAUUUCAUUUGAAAUUUUAGAUUCAAAAUUCAAAUUAACCAGGGACCCACUCUCCCUAACCACCCCACUCUCUCUCCUCUCUCAUUUCAACCAGUUCCUUUUUUUUAGGGUCUAAUUUUCUCUCUUCUCUCU